UGCUUAUAUAAAUUAUACAAUACUCUAAACCAUGCAAACACACUUUAAAUUCUAAAGCUAUCACAAAACUAAAAAAAACGCUUUCUCUGCAAGCCAUUCGACAGAUAUGUGCUUUGUGUCUACUCCUUUUCCGUAUAUCUUUUUAUUAUUAAAUAUCAUUUUGUUUUUAUGCAACAUUUGUACAUGUUUUGCGCAAACUUUUUAUAUUUUAUUGUAAUUUGUUUUUCUGUAAUUCACGCCGCAACGCCAAGCAACGUGUGUGUUCUUAUAUUAUCAAAUCGUAUAAAUGCUUUACAAUUGCUUUACUUAUGACUUUUAUAAUUAUAUAUUUGCAAACUGCAUGGAAAUUGCUUCGUUUUUAACCUAUGCAACUGUGCUAAAAUACUAAAAGCAAAAAGCGCGAGAAAAUAAGUGUACAAAUGUAUUUUACGCGUGCGAAAUGUGUCAUCACAUGUUCACACUUUACUAUUGGAUCUAGACCAAGUUAUGGUGAUGGCUACUAAGCUUGAUAACUUAACUGUUGAUUCCUCCUACUCCUCCUCCUUCUCUGCAUGUGCAACGUUGGAACGAAAUGCAACAACAACAACAACUACUAACAAUACAACCGCUAAAAAUAAUUUAAUUAAUGAAAUGCAACGGCUUAAUUUAACGUCACAAACCACUAACACAACAACAACAACAACAAUAAUAACAACGCCCACAUGUGUUGCAUCUGCUCAAUCAUCAUCAUCAUUAUCCGCACGCAUCUCAUUAUCACCAUCAUCGUCGUCGUCAUCAUCUUCAUCACAAUCACCAACACCAUCAUUACUAAACAAUAACAAUAACAAACCAACUAUAUCCACCAAUUCUACGCACAUUAUCUAUUCAAAUGCUAAACAACAACACGCUACUAACACUAACGAAAAUAUCUGCACUUCUCAAAACCACCAAACGAAUACACUGACUUGUUGUAAAACAACAACACAUGCAAUCGCUGGCCACAAUGCUUUUUUGCACUCUCUCAACACAAACGUGCCACCACAAACGCUUAUCGCUCACGGUACCGUUGGAAAUAUCAACACCGUUGAACCGUUUUUGUAUUUAAACUAUCUUACUAAUCACCUUUUGGCUAUUAAUCAAAAUCAUGCAACUGCCAUGAACAACAACAACAAUAAACUAUCUUUAAAUACCAACUUAAAUGAACGUUUUGCAAUGCCAAAUCCUAAAACUACUGCAACAACAAACGCAACAUUGAAAUGCGCCGAUAUUUGUAAUAAUUUUAACAUCCCCAAUAAACCACUGGAAUGUGUCAACUUCCACAUGAACUCAAAUCGCUUACUGGACUGUAGUAGUAAGUUAAAUAAUUGUUGUUGUGGCAUAUAAUAAGGUAUUUGCACACAGUAGGUUAGGGUAGAAGUAUGUGCCGCACCUUUUCUUUGAAAAAAAUUCGUUUCUAACCUAAAAAUUAAUAAUUCAGUAGAAUAUUUAAUGCGAUAGAAAAUUUACUGUUAAUUAAUUGCGUUAAAUUAUACAAAAAUAUUCUACAACAUUCACCAAAUAUUCAUUAAUUGUAUUAUUAUUAUUAAUUAAUUAUUUAUUUAUGACUGUUUUUAAAAAAUGACUGUCUAAAAACACAUAAUCCUAUUUUAUGAUAUUCCAAUAUUAAAAAAAAAUUUUGUUUAAUUA